AUGUUUACCAGAGACCCCUGUGUUCAGGCUGUGGCUCGGUUGCUGCUUCCUUUCAACCACAUGCGAAGACGGUGUGUUUCUCACCCGCUGAUUAAUGCUGUCUGUCAAUUACCUCUAGAUCCAACCGUGCUGUGGAGCUUCCCCCAGGACCACACCGACCAGGAGGUCCUUCAGACGAUACCAAAGUUCUGCUUUCCCUUUGACGUGGAAAGGGUCUCCCAGAAUCAGGUGGGGCAGAACUUCACCUUUGUGCUGACGGACAUCGACGGCAAGCAGAGGUUUGGUUUCUGCCGACUCACUCAAGGCUGCCGGGUCUGCAUAUGCCUGCUCAGCUAUGUACCAUGGUUUGAAAUCUACUACAAGUUGCUGAAUACGCUGGCGGACUACCUAACAAAACAGCAGGAAAAUGACUUGAAUGACAUGCUGAAUUCUCUCUAUGAUCUGCCAGUGCCAAAGCCCUUCACGCCAGUCAACCUGAGUGUGAAUGAGCAGUUGUAUAUCGCCACUGGGCAAGUACUGAGAGAUCGGCGAAGCAGGGAGCCGCACUCCUACUUCAUCGCCCCGGAUAUCAAUGGACUGCCAACUAUCCCUGAGAGCAGGAACCUGACUGAGUACUUUGUGGCUGUGGACGUCACCAACAUGCUCCAGCUCUACGCCAGUAUGCUGCAUGAACGGCGCAUCAUCAUUACCUCAAGCAAGCUUAGCACUUUAACUGCAUGUGUCCACGGUGCAGCUGCUCUGCUCUUUCCUAUGUACUGGCAGCACAUCUUCAUCCCUGUUCUGCCCCCGCAUCUUCUGGACUACUGCUGUGCCCCCAUGCCAUACUUUGUGGGAGUUCAUCUCAGUCUGCUGGAGAAAGUACGCAGCCGAUCACUGGAGGAUGUGGUCAUUCUGAACGUGGACACCAACACCCUGGAAAGUCCUUUUGAUGACCUGCACAACCUGCCCAGUGACGUGGUGUCCUCUCUGAAGAGCAAGCUGAAGAAGCAGUCGACAGCAACAGGAAGUGGUGUGGCGAGGUCCUUCCUGAGAGCGCAGGCCGCUCUGUUUGGAUCCUACAGAGACGCCCUCAGAUAUAAGCCUGGGGAGCCCAUCACUUUCUGUGAAGAGAGUUUUGCGAACCAUCGAUCCAGCACCAUGAAAGACUUCCUGUCCAUGGCCGUCAACCUGCAGCUCUUCAAACAGUUCAUCGACGGACGGCUGGCCAAAUUGAACGCAGGCCGCGGCUUCUCGGACGUGUUUGAAGAAGAGAUCACAGAGGGGGGCUUCUGUGGAAGUAAUUCAAGGUCUUACCAGCAAUGGAUGCACACUGUGAAGAGAGGAGGAGCACUCAUCAACACAGCUGUGACUAAAGCCAAGAGUCAUGCCAAGAGGGGCAUCCGGGACUUUAAGGGCCGACUUAAAGCGAGGGAAGAAGAAGAAGAGGGGGUGAUGGUCUGUGCGGGGUCUCCCACCAGCACCAAGAGCCUGUCUCCAAGGAGACUGCAGAAGAUGAGACGGCAAAACUUCAACAAGUAUCACGUGAGCAUGGGCAUGGGCCCUCGAGAUCUUGGCUACGGGCUCGAGGAUGAUGAGCUGGACAGUGCAAGCAAGUUUUCGUCAGAGGACAGCGGGGACGUCCCUUCAUAUAUUGAGGAUAGCGAUGACUCCUACUCGCUGGAACUGGACAUGGACUCGUCUCGCUCCGGACAGAUGAACCUGCUGGAGGAGAUCCUGGACUCUCUGAACACCACGACAAUAGAGCAAGGCAAACUCAGCGCUGCCAAGAGCCUGGACUUCUUCAGGUCCAUGGACGACUUGGACUACAAGACCUCGAGCCAGCCCACUCCUUCCAGUGAAUGUCCUGCUGCAGAUGAGAGUGACGGUGGGGGGGGUGGGGAUCAGAGCGGCUGGAAUAUGGGCCAGGAUGACAGUGCGGUCCACGGGAAACACCUCCCCCCCUCCCCCCGCCGCCAGCCCAACAAGAGCAGCCUGAAGGUGGCAAAGAAACUCCCCGUGCCCAGCAUCACAGCCACCUCCCCGCUCCAGGAGGCAGACAGCUCCAACCAACUCAACUCGGACCCCCACCCUCUACCUCCAGUGCGACAGCCAGGAGACCGCUACUCCUACUCGCCUUCCCUGUCCCACAGAGUUACACCCCCAUCUCCCUCCCUCACACACACCUACAGUUCUCCAGCACCCGGUUCUCAGCCGAACUCUUCUCCUGUGCUAGCGGCCCGGGCUCGGACGGUCUCAGACCCCCAAGGCAACGCAGACCCUCUUCAGGGACAGAACCAGAGCGCGUCCACCAGCAUCCUGAGGAGGAAGGUGCUGUCCAAGGAGACGGUGAGGUACUACCAGGAGAAGGCCCUCCAGAGGAAGGGCAGCAAGGGCCGGCAGGAUGGCAGCCCGUCCAGGCACAGCCACGCUGCCAUGCAGAUCCCCUGGGAGAAAGAGGUCUCCAAGGAGGGGCUCCUGGGGUUCGGCAUGUGCCUGGGUCAGGGGAGAAGCUCGGGGGGGGCUGUGGUGCAGGAUCAGGGCCUCCUGGAGGAGAUUGACUCCAUGUGUUGCCUGGGCUCAGUGCUCCACAGCAGCCUGCAGCUGUCCCAGGUCCACUGCAACAACACCCCCCACCCGCUGCAGAGCAACAACACAGACGAGGCGUAGGGACCUCAAAGACCCUCUGUCUGUGAAACGCCAUACGUUCUACUGAAAUCUCUCCACUGUAAUACUUCCACAAUACUAGCCACAGUCUCAGAGCUUUUUUAUCUCAACACUCAGUUAUCAGGAAACAUUCUGAACAAAUAUGAUGUCGUACAGACACAAACAGCCUCAGAGCAGAAAUGAUUUGCACACCUUCCCUUGUUUCAAGACAUUUCUGUGUAAAAUAGAGCCUUGCUUUCUUGAUAAAAGUGUAAAAACCCGCCACUGUAGUAAGACUAUUAGAACUUGUUUUAACCAAUAAAUGUGUACUUGUUUUUUAAAUAGAUUUUUUUACUUCAAACCAAAAAAACUAUUUAAAAAAACAAGUUCUCCACUUCAUUUGAAAAGAAAACAACUUAAAAGUCAUGUAUUUGCAAUGUAACAAGUUAUGAUAAUAUCACUACAGUGUGACAUUUUUCACUGUCAAUGCCAUUUAGGUACUUUCCCUCUGAGUGAAUUGGAUACUCUGAUAAAGCAAAAACAACUGGUUAGUUUACAAAGUUGUAAUCUCUUCAAACUAGUGAAUUAUCUUAGAGAACCUCACCUCAAAAACACAAACUGAGGCCAAGGUACAGCGAGAUUCUUUCACUUGUUUAAAGAAAAUACACCUUAUUCACUCACUAAGUAACACAAACAUCUACAACUAGAUAAGAAGGACAUUUCUCCAGUGUUGGGUCUACUGCUCAUCAAAGUAUAUCUGUCUGUAAUAAUCGACAUUUAUAUUCAAAUUCCGGAAAAAAAAAAGGCCCAACAAUCCAGCCGGCAAUGGAGGAUCUUUCCAGCUUCACUUGAAUGAAAUAAGAAAACUCUCAGUACUUUGUGAGGAUUUAUGAAGGGACGAUAUCUCCUCGUCACGUUAUUGUCUGUUUUAUUUUGUGUUCCAAACCAUUUCACGUGAUCAAGAUACAUUUGCACUUGUAGAUAUAAGAAUUGUACUCAGCCUUGACCACCUGGUACUAAAAUCACUGAGCAAAAAGGACAGUGAGACAGGAUUUUCAACACAAAGUCCACUCUUCUUUUGGAGUUAAUUAAACACUGUGUGAUCUAACUGUUUCAUAUCACCAGGCCUUAAAUGGACAUGUGAUUUGUUUUUGAUACUCUGGUGUCUUAAUCUAUACAGGUACUUUGUAAUCUUAGAUCUUAAAUGCAACAUUACAGUAGCAGUACUAAAACAGAGUUGUAUUUCUCUGGAAUAAUAGAAUAGUUAAUAUAUAUAUAUAAUGUGCUUUAAGCUGCUGUUUUCAAAUAGCAUUCCAGAUAAUGAGAUGGAGAAACCUCUCUGUGUUCCUCAGGACACACCUGUCACUCUGAAGAGGAGGAAAUUAUCUCAAAAGUUUAAGAGGAUGAUCUGACAAUACCAGUGUCAAUGCUCCAUGUCCUUUUCUUUCUUCACCAUCAUGUUCCUAAGUUUCUGCCUUGUAGUCCUUGCAGCACAUCUGACUUGCACUGUCCACCUUAAAAAUGGCGGCCAGUUUUUUUCGAAGCUACUGUGGUUUGGAGUGGAUGUCAGAAAUGUGUACUUUAAAGGAUACAGCUGGUGAUAUAUUUAUGUGUUUAUUUUUGGGAACAAAUUCCAAUGCACCGUGUACUGAUUUCCCAUACCAAACCAGUACUAUUAAAAAAAAAAGAAUAGGGACACAAAUAUGUAGCUUUAGUUCCACCUUACAGCUGGGAACUGUAGUUCUUAGAAAAUGGUACUCAAACAGGAGUAAAAGAUGCAUUUGUUUGGGACAGGUAAACAUAUAAUUAGUAUAUAUUUAGAAAAAUGUCACCAGACAUAUCACAUAACUCAGUGUUCUCUGGGUCUGUCUCCCUUUCUGUGCUCGCAGGAGGAAAUGCAAUCUCUGCCCUCGGAGGUUAGAGUCACACCCUGUAAUGCAAAGCAGUGGUUGAAGAUUGUACUGUAAUGAAGCAAUACGGUUCUCCUCAGAGAGAAGCUACAUGGAUGUAAUGUGUACAGAGUCUAUAGUAUUUCUAAAAGAGACUCUCCUGUGGAGAGGAACGCUGCGUCCAGAGACUGUGGGUUCCCAUCAUUCUCUGCGUCGCCACAUACCCGGAGGAAAGAAGAAAAGCUUUUUCAUGUGCUUGUGUAGGGAUUAUUACAUUUAUGGUUCGUUGUUCUUAUGAUUUAUGCCAGACGCCAGUCGGUGUGGCAGUUUAAUAGCAGCUAUUUCUCUGCUUUUUUAGUGCUGCACUGCGUUAACGAUUUGCUCAUAAAGUCUUUGGCGUGCUUCUAAAAGCCCAAGAAACAGUCCUAGUAAUUCCAAAAAGGAGAAAAAAAACAACAGACUCCAGUAAAAUCUCUGCACUGGCCUUACUCAUUGUAGACACUUUUUAAAAAAAAAACAUAUUUACUAUGCAAAUAUUACAAAUUAUCAAAAGAAAAAGGUCAGUUGUCUUUAACAGACAUUAUAAUGCACAGUUCUACUUGAAAAAUAAUAACAAUCAAUCUAGUUUCUAGUAGGGGGGAGCCUCAUGUGUCCGUAAAUAAAUAAAUAUGAAAGUCUAUUUAACUGUGUGUGAGCUGAGGGUGACAGAAAGUGUGUAUGGUGUGCCUUAUACAGUAAGAGUACCACCCAGUGUCAUUAGAAAGAGGUACAGUAUUAUAGAAAGGUGUGUGCAAUGUUUUCAGACCACCUUUUAUCAAAGUAAGGAACAUUUAGAUUUUUUAAUUUAUAUGAUAAACAGACCUGGUUUUGUCCUUAGAAUCGGAGCUAAAUGACCUUGGGUACUAGCGUUGUGUUGUAGCUGUUUUUGUUUCCAUCUGGGCUGCAGUCCAGUGUUUCUGCUGCGGUGGCUGGUGAGAAUUUAAUAGAAGAUCUUUGAAUUACUUUGGGAUAUUUUUCUCUUUGUUAAACAGAUUUUCUCUGAAUGGUUCUUUUAAGUGAUUAUUUGUAUCAUUUGUGUUUAUUUUAUUCCUUUUUUUAAAACACUUGUUCUGAGCUUACUCUAUUUAAAAAAACACAUUUCUCAGAGGAGUUGAUUCUAUAUUGAGGAACAUUUAUUUUCAACUGAAUAGAUGUGUAUUUUUGCUGGCUUGAGUUUAUUUUACAUGGAUAAUAUAUGAUUGGUGUUGUACGUUGUAAAGAAAAAAUUACACCUAAUAUUUGAAUGUUUUAGAUUUUAUUUUUGGAAGAAAAAAAUAGAGAAUAUUAACAAAUGUCCCGUGUAGCCAUUCAUGUUGGAAAGCUUUCGACCCCUUCUAAUCAGAAUCAGCAGAGACUGGCGCUUGCUUGUAAACGGUACAAUGCUCAUUGUUGUAUCUGCAUGUAUGUACCUCUUUGUUGUUAUUUGUUUUGACAGUCUAUUCUGUUGGUAUUAAUUAUUAUUUCAGUAUUUAGAGCUUCAAUCAAAUUGAGAAUGAUGGAAACAACGUUGGGUCUCGCGCUAUACAUUUAUUUUGCCUUGCGAUAGGUGUUGUGGACUUACGAGCCAUCUGCCUUGCAUUUUAAGUAUGAUAAAACAUUUCUACUUCAAAUCUAACCGUAGAGGUGGAAAGAAAUACUAAAGGUAAUUAAAAAAAAAAGGUCAGGUGAUUUGCAUUUCAAUGUCUGCAGAUGUGUUAAUAUACUAGGGAUAACUAACACUGCAAAAAAUGGAGUAAUCAAUAAAUAUAUAGAGGUCCUGAAAUUACAAAUUGGAGUGUGGUAGGCGGAUGUGUAGCAGCGUUAACUGAGGUACUGAUGGAGUGAAAACACUCAACCUCACAAAGAUAUUAACGUCACUUCUAAGAAGAAGUUGUCAUCGUAGUGACAUAUUACACCUUUUUUCAGUCUCUUUUUGGGUAUUGUAAUGAUUAUUAACUCUUCGAUAUGCCAUUAACUGAUUGUCUGAUUCUGUGCACACUUGCAUGUUCUCAUUUAAGAGAAAACAACUGUCUUAAAAACUGAGGUCAAUCUAAUGUGCUAUUGGUGAGUAACUUGGUACAACUGUAUGCACUGUGAACUGAAAAUAAAUUAUAUUGUUUCAUGCUUA